GUGAGGCCGGCUGCGGCGGUAGGUAUCUGAUAGAACCUCGGGAAGGUUUAUAACAAGCACGGCUUGUGCUUUGUCAGGACCCUGUUCAGAGUCUCCAUGCUUUCUCAUGUAGAUCAAACUGAUCUGAGAAGAAGCUGGGGAGAUUGUGUUUGGGCUGUGCGUUUCCCGUAAGCUUUUGACUCUGAAAAAGGCAGGUGUGCAUCCUUCCAGAAGAAGAGAGGUACAGACUAAAUGGAUCUAAAGACAGCGGUGUUCAAUGCAGCUCGUGAUGGCAAGCUGCGGCUUCUUUCCAAGUUACUGGCAAGCAAAACAAGGGAAGAGGUAGCCCUACUUAUGUCAGAGAAAACCAAUGGUGCCACACCACUUCUGAUGGCUGCUCGUUAUGGUCACCUUGACAUGGUGGAAUACUUGUUGGACCAUUGCUCUGCGUCAAUAGAAGUUGGUGGUUCUGUGAAUUUUGAUGGUGAGACUAUUGAGGGGGCUCCGCCAUUAUGGGCAGCAUCGGCGGCAGGCCACUUGAAGGUGGUUCAGUGUCUGUUAGAUCGUGGUGCAUCUGUCAACAAUACAACUCUGACAAAUUCAACACCUCUUAGAGCUGCCUGUUUUGAUGGCCACCUGGAAAUAGUGAAAUAUCUUGUGGAGCACAAAGCAGACCUGGAAGUAUCAAACCGUCAUGGGCAUACAUGCUUGAUGAUCUCGUGUUACAAAGGCCACAAAGAAAUUGCUCAGUAUUUACUUGAAAAAGGAGCCGAUGUUAACAGAAAAAGUGUUAAAGGAAACACAGCAUUACAUGACUGUGCAGAAUCUGGAAGUUUGGAGAUCAUGAAGAUGCUUCUCAAGUAUUGUGCUAAAAUGGAAAAGGAUGGUUAUGGAAUGACUCCCCUUCUGUCAGCUAGUGUGACAGGCCACACAAAUAUUGUGGACUUUCUCACUCAGCAUGUACAGACCAGUAAAGCUGAGCGCGUAAAUGCUCUGGAACUUCUAGGAGCAACGUUUGUGGACAAAAAGAGAGAUCUGCUUGGUGCUUUGAAAUACUGGAUGAGAGCUAUGGAAAUGAGGUACAGUGAUAGGACUAAUAUUCUGAGCAAACCUGUGCCACAAGCACUAAUUAUGGCAUAUGGUUAUGCUAAAGAGGUGAACAGCUCAGAAGAGCUAGAAAAUCUUAUUGCAGACCCUGAUGAAAUGAGAAUGCAAGCUCUGUUAAUCAGAGAACGCAUUCUUGGCCCUUCUCAUCCAGAUACAUCCUACUAUAUUAGAUAUAGAGGUGCUGUCUACGCAGACUCUGGAAACUUCAAGCGUUGCAUCAACUUAUGGAAAUAUGCUUUGGACUUGCAGCAGAACAAUCUUGAUCCACUGAGCCCUAUGACAGCCAGCAGUUUACUAUCAUUUGCUGAACUUUUCUCCUUCAUGCUGCAGGAUAGGGCAAAAGGACUGCUAGGCACCACUGUCACAUUUGAUGAUCUCAUGGGUAUACUGUGCAAAAGUGUUCUUGAAAUAGAACGAGCCAUGAAACAAACCCAGUGUCCUCCUGAUCCAAUACAGCUGAACAAAGCCCUUUCCAUCAUUUUGCAUUUAAUUUGCUUGCUGGAGAAAGUACCUUGCAGCUCAGAACAGGAGCAUUUUAAGAAACAGACUAUUUACAAGUUUCUUAAGCUUCAGCCUAGAGGGAAGAAUAACUUCAGUCCGCUUCACCUUGCUGUUGACAAUAGUACUACAUGUGUGGGUCGCUACCCAGUAUGUAAAUUCCCAUCUCUACAAGUUACUGCUAUCCUGGUGGAAUGUGGUGCUGAUGUAAAUGUCAGAGACUCUGAUAACAACAGUCCGUUACACAUUGCUGCACUGAACAACCAUCCAGACAUAAUGAAUCUUCUUAUCAAGUCAGGUUCACACUUUGAUGCCACAAACUCACAUAAACAAACUGCUAGUGAUAUGCUGGAUGAGAAGGAAAUAGCAAAAAAUUUAAUCCAGCCCAUAAAUCAUACUACGUUGCAGUGUCUUGCUGCUCGUGUAAUAGUGAAUCAUAACAUAUGUUAUGCAGGGCACAUCCCUGAAAAACUAGGGAACUUUGUUUUGCUCCAUAGAUGAUAGUGUGGAGUCCCAGAGUACUGGUUUUGAAGCACGAUUCAGCGACAAUAUUUUUCUUGAGCACUGUUGUGAUACACCAGCGUUCCCUUAGCUUGCUCCAUCUUGCUCUCAUUGGCUAAAGCGUUGCUAGCAUCAGAUCUGCAGAGUUGGUUACCCAGUAUUUAAUAUGAAUAUGCCAUAUAAUAUAUUUCGUGGAUUAUUUAGAAAUGUAAUGCCAUAUUUAGACUCCUAAAAUUGUUUGCCAAAGGCUUGUCUCUUCUGGUUUUAUUUGCCUGUUGGGUGUUUGGGACUGAGUUGAGUAUUUUCCACUGAUGUCUUUUUACUAUAACUCUUAUGUGGAUUUUAUACAGUUGGAAUGUCAUCCUUUUUUGGUUUAGCUUGAGCAUUUCUACUCUUACUCUGUUCUUUUUCUAUGGACUCAUUGCUAAAUUGUACAAGUUGUAUGGACUUGUUAACAUUUGCAACUACCAUAAGUGCUUUUAUCUUCUCUAUGCACUGGCUUAAACAUGACUGUUGUGUGUGAGCAUUUUUCUAUGCAGCACUUUGUCAAUUUCAACUUAAAUGCCAAUAUUGUUUUGCAGUUUGGAGCUCUUUAGAGAAUGCCGUCUUCAUAGCAUGGUAAAUAUUGGAGUUACUUAUCAUCUCUCCAAACUUGGGUUUGACUUUUUUGAUGGCUGUAACUGAGAUUGCUUCCCUUUCGAUCCUCUGGAAGUUUGUCUUAAAUUUGGGAGAAGAAAAUCUCACUGUUUCUCAUUGUAGUCCACUUGAACUUUAAAUCAAAAUCGUUUUAUUGCGUUGGGCAGUUAGGGGAAGAGUUCUUACUAUGUACAACUGACACCUUCCGCUUUGCACUAAUGUCUUGCUUGUGCUGGUUUUGUGACUAGAUGUGAAGUUUGCUCAAAGUUUAACCUCAAAUUUAAUGAUACACUUUAAUGGGAAAUAGAUCAAAUAUAUUCUGUAGUUUAAAAUUUACAAAUCAACUUUAGCUACAAAAGAAACUAAAGCAUGUUGGUGGCAUGAUGCUUAUCAGUCUGGAUCUAGACAUCAUCUAAUAUAGUAAGUGGCUGUAUGCCAGGGUAUUGGAAGUUCUAUAGCAGUGUCCUUUCUUCUUCAUUUUAAGUAUCUUUAUAAAUACUUGCAUGGGUUUUUCAUCUCAACUGUGUCAGAUGUACUUAACAGAAAGCAAAAGUUCUGUUGUGUAUAUAUAAUUCCUAAUUAAAGUACCUAUUUUUAUAAUAUUUGCACAACAGCUUAGCUUUUACAACAGAAAGGGCUCUUUUGACUUGAUAAGAAAUCUAUAAAUGAAGAUCAUAAAUAUGAGUGCGAUUCAGGUAAUUAAUAUAAUUCAGCACUUUACUGUUCAUUAAUAGUAGAAUUUAUUAUGGCACAUCAGCCCUGAAAAUGUCUUAAAG